AUGUCAAUCGGCGGUCCUUGUCUUUGGCUGCCCUCUUUGUCCUCGCCAGUCCCCUCGCCGCUGUCGGCGGUCACAUCCCACCUGUCCGCAAUUGCUCGUCACGGAGAGCGGGUUCCUUCGCCACGGAUAGCGUCAACCCUGCUAACUUUGUCGAGAGAUCGAGAGUCUGCCUCUCGUACUUGGCCGUCUGAAAUGCAACGGACUGGUAUGACGGCAGAGAAUGCCUUGCCCUCUCCGCUGCCAGUGAGCAUGGGGUCCGGAGCGUAUCCCGAGGGAGAAAUAUCAUCGCGGGAGGCAGUCAGCCCAAGGCCCGAAAUGGGAAGAAAAGUCUUCUUGCCACGAGUCACGUUGGAGAUUCCGGGGAGCAACACGAACCGUACGACGUCGCCGCAAGUUGGGUUCAGUCGUCCUGGGGAGUCGACGAGCGCCGUCGAGUCGGGUCUCAACGCAAAUGAAGAUCACGACAAGGAGUCGACGAUUAGUCCGUCCGAUGAGAAGGACGAGAUGAUGGAGGAUGAUGAAAGUAAUCGAUCGCCGUCGCUGGAGAAGAAGAAAAUGAAGAGAUUCCGGUUGACACACAACCAAACUCGCUUCCUGAUGAGCGAGUUCACUCGCCAGGCACAUCCAGACGCUGCUCAUCGAGAGCGUUUGUCACGGGAGAUCCCCGGGUUGACGCCACGUCAAGUUCAAGUGUGGUUCCAGAACAGGAGAGCAAAGCUCAAGCGUCUGACGACAAAUGAUCGUGAGCGGAUGCUCAAGUCGCGAGCCCUGCCGGACGACUUCGACACGACGAAAGUCCUGCGCACGCCGUUUGAGAGCAGAUCAACUGGGCAAACACCAGUGCCAUCCCCACAUGAUUACGGGGUCCCCAACCCCGAUUUUGCAUCCCUGCGGGCACUUCGCACCGACUCCUUCCAGCGUCCACAUGAAGAUGACUAUCUCGUCUCGCCCCUCAGCUCCACGUCGACCGCGGGAACCUACUUGUCAUCUGCUGGGCGGAAUGACGGGCUACCCAGCUCGGGGAUGAUGUUUGGCCGCCCAGCUGCCUCUGCGUCUAUGUCUGAUCUGCAUAGAACGAUCCGGAGCGAUUACGCGAUCGGCAGGUCCAGCAGCAUGUCUGAUGCGUCCUCUCAACCCUCAUCCUUCCAUCCCAGCAUGCAAAUACACAGCCGAUUCGCCCCUUCUUCACAUCCAUCUGCCCUGCCAUAUCUGCGACAACCGAUGGAUUAUGGGGUUCCUCGACCUCCAGGGGGGAUGGUAGGCUCCUAUGACCCGCAGCAGUCAUUUGAAGGCUCGGUGUCCCCGACAGAUUCCCAGGGAGCGCCCAUGACAUACGACAUGAGCAAUAUAGGCUCGCAACCACAAAGCUAUCAGCCGCAGCUGGCAAUGUCAACUCCAAAGGACUACAGCAGACUGGGAAUGGGCGCCCAAAUCCCACCCCACGGAAGACCCCUCGCGACUCUUCACUCUCUCCCGGUCUCCGCGCCGCAAGAAUACCGGCCCUUCUCAUACACCAGUGCCUCGGGAUCGAUGGGCACAAUCCCUUACACGCAGUCCAACGCCUCUACCUUGAGUCUCCCCACCACCUUUGCCCCUACUGAGUCCAGCCCGGCCUCCCAAGACCAUAUGCCACAGAACCAGGAGGCCCUCGAGUCCCUCCGGACCAGAUUCGGCAAUCCGCCCUUCAACUACGCGGGCUAUAUUCAACAAUAA